UCAGUCUGUGAAAAUUGGGGGUUUGCGCUUGUUUGUAUGUGUGUGUGUGUGUGGUGUGUCUGGUGUGUGUGUGUCGGGUCUUUCUUGCCUCUGGCAUUGAAAGGUCCUGGUGUAGGUUACAGAUUGUGAAAUUUGGCUCACACGUGUGCCGGCUAAUAAAAAUGUUCAAAGGUUGCUGACUGCUCAGCAUGACUUGGUCAGGCAGGACAAGGGAGACUGUAGUCCCAGCCAGGAAAGGCACUUUCACCUACACCGCAAGAUGGAGCCAGUCUGUCUCCCAGCGCUGUCCCGAGUUGCCAUCUGCGGCGGUACCCAUGGCAACGAGAUGUCGGGCGUGUACCUGGUGAGGGAGCUGCAGAGGCAGAAGCUGGAGAAGGCAGGGUCAGCGACCUUGACCACGGUCAUAUCCAACCCACGUGCCGUCCAAGUGUGCAAAAGAUACACCGACAUGGACCUCAACCGCUGUUUCACUGACGCCAUACUUAGUUCACCUGUGACGGACGCCACCCCGUACGAGGUGAGGCGAGCCCAAGAGCUGAACACACUGCUUGGGCCCAAGGGCAACGUGGGGGCCAUGGACCUGGUGUGUGACCUCCACAACACCACAGCCAACAUGGGCCUCAGCCUCAUCUCCUACUCUGUCCAAGACUGGGUCAUCAUGCACAUCUAUAGACAAGUCCAGAGGAAGAUAACCUCAGCGCCCGUGAGGUUUAUCCUGCUGGAUCUACCCCUAGCUGAUGCCUACUCUCAGGACUCCCUGGGCAAGCAUGGCUUCUCGAUAGAGGUGGGACCUCAACCCCAUGGUGUGGUCAGAGCCGACAUCUUCAACAUCAUGAAGGAGGCGGUCGACCAGACACUAGAUUGGGUCCAGUGCUUCAACUCAGGAAGUGCCUUUGAAGGUGGCGAGGUGGACGAUGUGUACACCUUUGUGAAGAGUGUAUACUACCCAAGAGACCCAGAGACCAAUCAAAUCACUGCUGCCAUACAUCCCCAAGUACAGGACCAUGACUUCUGCCUCCUCCAUCCGGGAGAUCCCAUGUUCCUGAUGUUUUCUGGGGAGAUAGUGAAGUACGAAGGGGAAGAAGUCCUCCAUCCCUUCUUUGUGAACGAGUGUGCAUACUAUGAGAAGAGUAUUGCCUUCCACCUGGCACGAAAGAUGACAGUCACUAUACCCCCCUUGCAAGUGAAGAGAGAUUGAUGAAGGGAGAGGGGGAGGAAAAGAGAAUUUAAAGAGUGGGAUAAUUAAAGGGAAAACACACACAACCUUAAGAAGCACUAACUAGUCUAACCUCAUUUUCAAUUGAUUUUGAAUUCCACUGUUUUUUUAUCAUCAACAAAUAACAUCAGGCAUACCUGUAUGUGAAAUUAUGCAAUUCAAUCCAAUAAUCUAGUAUGUCAAUUAAACAUUUACAUUUUUUGUUUAA